AUGGCGACCACGCCGGCGCGGCAGUCGCAGACCGGCGCCGCGGUCUCGGUGCAGCACGUGGCCAAGGCCUCCUCCGACGAGCUGCUCCGCAAGUUCGCCGACCCGGACGACGACGCCAAGAAGAGUCUGACGCCGCCGCGCCGCAGCCUCGCGCUGCGCCGGAAGCGCUCGUCCCGCCGCGUGGCGUCGGGGCUCUCCGCGCGGGACUCCGACGCGGCGGGCACGGACCUCGCCGCGCCCAAGCGCCGCCGGAGCAUCGGCGGGUCCACCGACUGGAGGGCCGGGCUGCUGCUGCCCACCACCACCGGGGCGUCGGCCGUGCGCAAGGGCGGCGGCGGCGGUGGCGCGCGCCGGGGUGGUGGUGGUGGUGGUGCCGGGCGGCUCGACGAGGCCGGCAUCGCCCUCUUCCUCGCCGCGCUGGAGCGGACGUGGAGGAAGACGGUGCGGGGCGCGUCCAAGAUGUUCGUGGAGAGGCACCGGACCAGCCACGUCCAGCUCAUCAGCGACAUGGUCUGA